AUAUAUAUCGAAUUCGAAGUUGGAUAACAGUGUAUUCAAGUCUCUCGCUCUCAAUCUCACCGAACCCUACCCACCUUCCCUCACGAUACCACUCCCACGAAAUUCCCCUCUCUACUACCUCACUGUCUUGUCUCUCCUCUCUGCAAUUCAUCAUCUCUCUCCAGACCCCUUACCCUCUGUCCUUCCAAUCAAACCUUCUCUCGCCGAUGUCCGUAACCCCUCACCUCUGUGCAUUGACCCAGAUCAUGCAGCGGCUUCUGAAAUUUAGUGCACCAGCUUUGGUUUCUCAGAGAAAGUCUUGAAGUGAUAAAGGACGGGAGCUGGGUUGGCUCCAUAUUUGCUGAGGGCAUUAGUACUCAAUUGAUGGGGAUGGACAGCUCAAUCCAAGCUAAUCUAUCUGAGGCCAUCAAUCUAUCUCGUCUCGGAUUCAGUCUGAUUCCUGGCUCCUAUUCCUCCCGGUUUAGAGAUGCGAUGAGCCCUCUUCUUCAAUACCCUUCUCUCUUAUUCUUUAUCAAGAAUCCAUCAAACCUACUCACACCAAACAUGUUAUUGUCAACAAGUCGAUUGACCAUUGCGAAUCUUGUGAUUGUCUUCACAUCAAGGAUGCUUGAAGAAAUCUCUGUUUCUUGGAUGCAUGACUCUGGAGUUAAGCUUACACCAUGUGGUGAGCAAUAUACUCCACCGCCACUUGCAAAGAGUUUCAAGAAUGCUUCAAGUUCUUCUUCCUAUGGUACAUUUUAGAUACCUAUCUGUAUGCGACUUAUAAGGUUGAGUGGAAAUCAGUGGCAUACCAAGAUAUCUUACUGGGAACUCUCUAUAGGCAUCCCAAGUAAACCGGCAAUCUGUUCCUACUAGUUGGAUGGACAAUGUACCAAAGAGAUGUUGGACUUCCUGUGAUUAAUUUGUAGACCAGCCAAUUCUGCACACCAAAAAUAAUAUUUGCAAUGGAAUUUGUUGAUUGAAUAUCUUUACUUGCAAGUAUGAAGAGGUCACCUUCCAAGCAUGGUAAUGGAAGACUAGACCUGAUGUUAGGGAUCUGAUAUAGGGUGGAAGAUCAGUCAAACCAGACAAAAGACUAAAGACUUCGAUUAACUUCUUGUUGCAUGAACAAUCUCCUCAGAAAAAUCAGAUUGCAGGUUCUGGAAUGUAAGCUUUGAUCAGAUUCUUUAGCAACUACCUCCAAUUGAUCAACCCAGUCCACAGCAGAUCUCAACAACAAUAUAUUCAAUCAGUUGAUGAUCAAACUAGCAGUAAUUCCACCACACAAGAGAUUGAUUGACAAGGGAAGAUAGAAGAGAGAAAAUAACCUAUCUCAGUUCAAAUCAGAUUUUACCUCUACAUUAUCCAUACUGUUCGAGGGAGAAGUAAUUGAGCCAGAUCCAGCAGCAUUAUCGGUCAGGAAUUGCUUCACCAGGAUCAUAGUUUUUAAGGCGGUUUCAGUCUUUGUGUAACACAUUCUAAGCUCUUGUAUUCUUCCAAAAUUCUACGGUUAAUCGGAGGAGUGCAAGCAAUCAUGGAUGUUGAUUCUGAGCCUACGAUGGAGGAAACCAUCCUGGUAGGUGAUGACCUAAUGAUGGGGCCACCAUCACCUCUCAUCCCUCCUGAAAUUGCAUCUCAUGUCCUGGAAGGAGUUGAUUUAUGCGAUGGAAUUUUGAGGAAUUUAUUUCUAUGUUUGCAAAUCAAUGACAUUGAACCAUUCUGUCAAGAUGAGAUUGCUUUGUACAGACAGUGUGCUGAAAGACGGGAUAAGGAGCUGAGGCAACGCCUUCAAGAUAGUGAACACAAAUUAGGGGUGUCAAUGCCCUUGGAUGAAGCUAAAGAUAGGGCCGUGCAACUUCAAUCUGAGGUUACAUCAUUAGAGAGGCGCUUAGUUCUUGCAAGCGGAAUGGAAGGCAUGGAAGGAUUUCGUCAGAGAUGGAGUUUGCAUGGUCGCCUUGAAGACGCCAAGAAAAGGCUAGAAUCAUUGAAAAAUGGAAUUGAGAAUAGGAAAAAGGAAGAGCCGGUUGGAAGUUCAGGCAGCACGAAGAGAUGGUUCUUUUGGUAAGGUGACUUGCUUAGGGUUUAUCUGAAACUUGCUUGAGCAGGUUUUUUAUGCCUGCCAACUUGCAAGUUGCAACACUAGCUUCCAAGAAGUGCAAUGAAAGUAAUUCAAUGGGGCCGGGCCACGUAUUGGAGUUAUUUGGAGCAUCCUGUUGGGGAAUCUUUAAUGUUUUAAGAUUCUACCCUAGUGCUUGCUGGCUCUAAUAGGGAAUAGGGAGCACCCCAUUUCUCAGAAAACAUGUUAUUGAAGCAUGUUUCUUUGGGGCAAGCUAAAGCCAGUAAUUGUUGUACAGAAUGGUCACCAAUUCUUGUUACAAGUCUCAUCCUUGCAUUUUAUCACCAGUUUGAAACCAAUACUUGUCUUUGCUAUGAUUUAGGGAACGAUACAAUAUACAACCCUUGUUUGUGUUUCAUUAUUUUAAAUGGAUGGGGAUUUUGUUGAACAAAA